CUUAGAAUCUGUUCUGUACAUAUGAAUGAGGCUCUGCACUCGAUAAUGGCAUCAUCCAACAGCCUCAAGAUUCUCUCUUUCCUUUUAUCAUUUCAUCAGGUUCUUUUCUUAUUGUUCUGAGUGUGUUCUGCGAACAACUCAUCAUACUAUUUCUUUCAAAAACUUGCAUUCUUUCUUCCAGUCAAAUCUCAGCACUGCAUUGGGGCCAAACUUUCAUCUCAUCUGAACGAUCUCUAUAUUCUCUCUUUGAAAAGUUCGCCUGAUCACACGCUAGCCGUGUUUAAUCGAACCGCCGGGUACUAAAUCUCAAUUCGAUACACUACACUUUGAACGACCUCGAUCGUCCGCUUCACAUCUUAUUCAUCACAAAAAGACACAUAAAGUCCCAAAAAUGUCUUGCCAACCUCUCAGCUCGGUUCCUCCACCACCCACCACCUUGCCCUCCUGCGCAGUACCCAUCGGCGGCUCAAACAGCUCGAUCCUGGAUGCCUGCUGCAACGGCCACAUCAAUGCUAUUGCCACAUACUCGGCCCCAGAUACCACCUCAUUAACACCCCGCGAUUCAACAACACCUGUAAUUGUCAACUCAGAGGACGGUGACGAUUGCUUCCAGUACUGCAUCACCGACUCGCCAGACAUCGUCGAGACCUGUCUCGCAGAGAAGAUGCAAGCUUUCGACAAGGAGGGCGCUACCGGCAUUGGCAUGUUUGGGUGUUUCAAUGUUGAAAAGGCGGUUGGGCCGAGAAAGACCAACGGUGGCAAUGAAGGAUCGUAUGUGAGCGCUGGGCUGAAGAUUAGCGGGAGCUGGACCCUGUCUCUCCUUAUUGGCUUGAGCGUUGUUGGUGCGCUUGUUUGAGAAGUUUCUGUUAUCACUACGGCAUUGCAGCGAAGAGCGUUUUUUUUUGCAUAUCAAAUGGUUAGCAUUAGCGAUGGCAUCGCGUACUGGGUUCUUGCAUUCAUCGGCGUUGGGACUGAAUCACAAUGAGUAACGAAACAACUCAAAUCAAAGAGCAGUAGCUAUCUAGUUUGACACUAGAAGAACGAAUUUCAAACACCUGAAGCUGAAUUCACU